ACAGUAGAGGCUCGUAGGAGGCGGCGGGUCCGCUGAGCGGAUCGAAGCCAAGUGGCAGCGCGCGCGCGCCCCGCGGUAGAGCCCCUAAGUCACCAGCCGCCCCCCCGCAUCCCAGGGCGCUGAGAAGAUGGCGGCGACGGCUCAGUGAGGAUGGAGCUACCCGUCACUGCUUUCUCCCCCUGAGGGUGCGGGGUCCGGCCCCACGGGGUGCGAGUGGGGGGCCGGGGACCGUAGGGAGCCCUUUCCCUAGCAGAGCUGACUCGAGCCCGGCAGCUCCCCGCCCCCCAUCGCCCUAGCCGAUUAGCCCCCUCUUUCCAGCCCAGUGACAACCCCCCGCCACCAUGCCUUGGCCUUUCUCAGAGUCCAUCAAGAAAAGGGCCUGCAGGUACCUGCUGCAGAGGUACUUGGGCCACUUCCUGCAGGAGAAACUCAGUCUGGAGCAGCUCAGCUUGGAUCUGUACCAGGGCACCGGCUCUUUGGCGCAGGUCCCUCUGGAUAAAUGGUGUCUUAAUGAGAUUCUGGAAUCAGCAGAUGCACCUCUGGAAGUCACUGAAGGGUUUAUCCAAUCAAUUUCUCUGUCUGUUCCAUGGGGGUCAUUGCUACAGGAUAACUGUGCACUAGAAGUGAAAGGAUUAGAGAUGGUCUUCAGGCCAAGGCCUCGUCUUGCAUCUGGUUCAGAGCCUAUGUAUUGGUCAAGUUUUAUGACCAGUAGUAUGCAACUUGCAAAAGAAUGUCUUAGCCAAAAACUGACAGAUGAACAAGGAGAAGGGUCUCAACCUUUCGAAGGGCUUGAGAAGUUUGCAGAAACUAUUGAAACAGUUCUAAGAAGAGUGAAAGUUACCUUUUUAGAUACUGUUUUGAGAAUUGAACAUGUGCUGGAAAAUUCUAAAAGUGGGUCUGCACUUGAAAUCCGAAUUGAGAAAACUAUGUACUGUGAUGAAACUGCUGAUGAAUGCUCUGGAAUUAAUGUACAUCAGCCCACAGCUUUUGCUCACAAGUUACUUCAGCUCUCAGGUGUCUCUCUCUUCUGGGAUGAGUUUCCAGCGUCAGCAAAGUCCUCUCCAGUGUGUUCAGCUACACCGUUGGCAGCGGAACCAAAGCUUUCCCCUAGCUGGAACCCAAAAAUUGUGUAUGAGCCACAUCCACAGUUAACCAGAAACUUGCCAGAAGUUGCUCCUUCUGACCCUGUGCAGAUUAGUAGGCUGAUUGGUAAAAUGAAGUUGAGCCUUACAUUAAAGCAACAUGAAGUACUUCCUGGAGCUAAGUUGGAUGUAGAUGGGGAGAUAGACUCUAUACACCUAUUCCUGUCACCAAGGCAGGUACAUCUUCUAUUGGACAUGUUAGCAGCCAUUGCUGGACCAGAGAGCCCCAGCAGGAUAGAAUUGUCAAAUAAAGAUAGAAAGAACCGACCAAUGCAACAGGAGGAUGAGUAUCGGAUUCAGAUGGAGCUGAAGCGUUACUUAAGAAAAGAAUCUUUGUCAGCAGGAGCAUCAUCUGAGCAGAGCUUUUAUGAGACAGAGACCACCAGAACACCUUCUAGCCGUGAAGAAGAAGUUUUCUUCUCAAUGGCUGACAUGGACAUGUCUCACAGUCUCUCCUCUCUUCCACCUCUUGGAGACCCACCAACUAUGGAUCUAGACCUGUCUUUAACUAGUACAUACACUACUACACCAGCAGGUUCUCCAUUGAGUGCUACAGUGCUUCAGCCAACUUGGGGUGAUUUUCAUGACCCUAAUAAACAAGAACCACCACCACCACCACCAAGAAGUUCAUCAUUUACACCCAGUAUUGUUCACCAAACUCCUUUAAGAAGGACUUCCCUUCCAUCCAGAUCUGUUUCAGUGGAUGAAUCCAGGCCUGAACUUAUUUUUAGACUGGCACUGGGCACUUUCUCAGUAUCUGUACUUCACAUUGACCCUCUACCACCACCUGAAACGUCACUGAACCUUAACCCGCUGACACCAAUGGCACUGGAUUUCUUUACCCAAAUAGAAAAGAUUGAUCCAGUUAAGUUUUCAACAGAAGAUUUUCUGUCCUUCCGAGAAGUAUUUGCAGAGGCUUGUUCUCAUGACCAUCUUAGAUUUAUAGGUACUGGCAUCAAAGUCUCUUAUGAACAAAGACAAAGGUCUGCUUCUCGAUGCUUCAGCACAGAUUUGUUCAUUGGGCAUAUGGAACUACUGGAAUGUCUUUUCUCUACCGACUCCUGCUCCAUUCAACCUCACUAUACAGAGCUGCUAACAUUUCAUUCUGAAAAAGGAAAUGAUGCACAUCCUCUUUCAUGCCUUCAGCUCCAUUAUAAGCACUCAGAUAACAGAGGACCUCAGGGUAGUCAAGGAAGACUGAGCUCUGUUCCACAGAAAGCAGAAUUACAAAUCAAGCUAAGUCCAGUAUUUUGUGAACUGGAUAUCAGUAUUGUGGACAGACUAAAUUCUUUACUUCAGCCACAGAAACUAACCACAGUGGAGAUGAUGGCAUCUCACAUGUACACAUCUUACAACAAACACAUUAGUCUGCACAAAGCGUUUACCGAAGUUUUUCUGGAUGAUUCACGUACACCAGCAAACUAUAGAAUUUCUGUGCAAGUCACUUCACCAUCAUUAGAUCUUUCUGUUCGCUUCCCUAUACCUGACCUACGAUCAGAUCAGGAAAGAGGACCAUGGUUUAAAAAAUCACUUCAGAAGGAAAUCCUUCAUCUUGAAUUUACAGAUAUGGAAUUCAAGACUGAGUUUAUAGGAGGUUCAACUCCAGAACAAGUUAAAUUAGAGCUUACCUUCAAAGAGCUAGCUGGCUUAUUUGAAGAAGAUAAAACAGAAUCUUCAAUAAAGUUCUUUCAAGUGUCCAGUGGCAUAGAUGGAGAUAUGAUAUCAUCUGACAACUUUGAUUGGCCACGGAUUGUACUGAAAAUAAACCCACUGGCUGUACACUCCAUUCUGGAAAGGAUCGCAGCUGAAGAAGAAGAGGGCGAUGGAAACUUUCAAGAGGAAGAGGAAGGAGGAUCUCAUUCUCUUAAGGAUGUCUGUGAUCUUAGAAGACCAGAGCCUUCUCCUUUUUCCUCUCGUAGGGUCAUGUUUGAAAACGAAGAGAUGGUGAUGCCUGGUGAUGCAGUUGAGAUGACCGAGUUUCAGGAUAAAGCAAUCAGCAAUUCUCAUUAUGUAUUGGAACUCAUGUUACCAAAAGUUCACUUAACACUGCCAAACAAGAGCUUUUAUGAGAAACUUUACAAUAGGAUCAGCAAUGAUUUAUUAUUGUGGGAACCCACAGCUCCAUCUCCUGUAGAAACAUUUGAGAAUAUUUCAUAUGGUGUUGGACUCUCAGUGGCCAGCCAAAUGAUCAAUACUUUCAGUAAAGACAGCUUUAGUCAAUUCAAAUCUACAAUUCAUUAUGAUGAUGAGAGUGGAUCUGAGGAGGAAACUCUACAAUAUUAUUCCACAGUUGAUCCAAACUAUCGUUCACGCCGGAAGAAAAAGCUUGAAUUGCAAAACAAGAAUACACAGAGCUCUCUCUCUGUUCUUCUAAACGUUAAUCAUGGAUUAGUGUCAAUAUUCACAGAUGUAAAGCAGGAUGGUGGGAAUAUUCUGGAAGGCAAGCGUGGUGAAUUCUGGUUUGAGUUCAACAGUGGUUCGUUAUUCUGUGUGACUAAAUAUGAAGGUUUUGAAGACAAACAUUACAUCUGUCUUCAUUCUAGCAGUCUCAGUUUAUAUCAUCAAGGUAUGGUGGAUGGAGUUGUCCCUCCAUCUGAAAUACGACUGCCUACCACAACGCGUCCACAUUGGUUAGAACCUACCAUUUAUUUUUCCGAAGAAGAUGGUCUCAGUAGGACUUCUUCAGAUGGUGUGGGAGUGGACUGUUUAAGUAUGCUGUCUGUUGCAGUGAAAAUCCAGUCAAAUAAAUCGGAGAGCAACACAAAGGAAUUUCUAGUUGCUGUUGGGCUGAGAGGAGCCACUCUCCAGCACAGAGUAUUGCCUUCAGGUCUAAGUUGGCAUGAACAGAUUUUAUAUUUUUUGAAUAUUUCUGAUGAGCCUGUUUUGGGAUAUAAUCCUCCAGCUUCCAUUACAACUUUUCAUAUACACCUCUGGAGUUGUGCUCUUGAUUACAGGCCUUUGUUUUUGCCAACCAGAUCUCUACUUACUGUUGAAACUUUCAGCAUUUCCAGUAACGUUGCACUGGAUAAGUCCUCUUCUACUCUCAGAAUAAUCUUGGAUGAGGCUGCUUUGCAUUUGUCUGACAAGUGCAACGCUGUUACAGUGAAUCUGCAGAGAGAUUAUAUUCGUGUUAUGGAUAUGGGACUCUUGGAACUGACCAUAACAGCAGUAAAACCUGGUUCUGAUGGGGAGAGAAUUAAGCCACGCUUUGAGCUACACAGUUCCAGUGAUGUAAUCCAUAUCCGAACAUGCUCAGACUCUUGUGCUGCGCUAAUGAAUCUUAUACAGUAUAUUGCGAGUUAUGGCGAUUUGCAUCUACCUAGCAAGUCAGAGAUUAAACCUGGAGUCGUCAAGCAGAAAACCAAGGCAGAUGCCUCUAGCCGACCAUCUUCCCAAGGACUAGUCCUUGCUGAAGCAGAACAACAGAUUUUACGGGAUUUGAUGAGUGAUGCUAUGGAGGAAAUUGAGACCCAUCAAGCUGCUUCCCCCAUUAGGCCACAAUCUAACGGAAUCUUGGAUGAAAAAUCUCAAACCCAGGAACCAGCUUGCUCAGAUCUCUUCCUGUUUCCAGAUGAAAGUGGGAACAUCUCACAAGAGCCAAGUCCCACAUACACUUCAUUUACUCACCACCUGAUUAAAGAGGCGAUGGGAGACCUACCUACUGAAAAUGAUGACUUCUGCAUUCUUUUUGCACCCAAAGCUGUUGUUUCUGAGAAAGAGGAGGAGCCAGUAGUGAAAAUAAUGGUUGAUGAUGCAAUCCUGAUAAAAGACAAUCAUUUCAGCCUGCCUGUAAAAAAGACCGAUAUGAGCAAAGCCCCGCUACAUUUUCCUAUCCCUUUGGUUCGCUAUGUUGUGAAGGAAAUCUCUCUUAUUUGGCACCUUUAUGGAGGAAAGGAUUUUGGGACUGCACCUACUACUUCUCCAGCUAAAAGUUUUAUUAGUCCUCAUAUUUCUCCUUCUCACACACCAACAAGACAUGGACGUAGUACGACAUGUGGGGGAAGAGGAAGGAACCCAGACUUCUUAAUGGAAAUACAGUUAAGCAAGGUGAAAUUCCAGCAUGAGGUAUACCCUCCAGGAGGGCCGGAAUGUGAAUCCAGUCUGUUGGAACAGCCAGUGUCCCGGCAGGUUUUUAUUGUUCAAGACCUUGAGAUCAGAGAUCGCUUGGCUACAUCACAGAUGAAUAAAUUUCUCUAUCUCUACUGUAGUAAGGAGAUGCCCAGAAAAGCACAUUCUAAUAUGCUAACAGUUAAAGCAUUACAUGUCCGUCCAGAGUCUGGCAGAUCCCCACAGGAAUGUUGUUUACGUGUAUCACUAAUGCCACUUCGCCUCAAUAUCGACCAGGAUGCCUUGUUUUUCCUGAAGGAUUUUUUCACUAGCCUUUCUACAGAAGUGGAAGUUUUAAUGACUCCAGAUCCAGAAGUUAAAAAGUCUCCUGGUGCUGAUGUAACCUGUAGUUUGCCCAAGCAUGUCAGCAGUUUCAAGGACCCAAGCCCAGUCAUUUCUUUCUCAGUACACAAGCAAACAAGCCAAAAUGAUAGUGUUGAUUCUGUGGAUAUGGUUAAUGGAGAGGACCAUCGUUUUUCACCUGAAGAGACGUCGUUCAGCGAUCAACCAGUCUUUUUCAGAGAAUUUCGAUUUAUAUCAGAAGUUCCAAUACGUCUUGAUUACCAUGGCAAACAUGUCUCAAUGGAUCAGGGUACGUUAGCUGGGAUUUUGAUUGGUCUUGCACAAUUAAACUGCUCAGAGUUAAAGUUGAAGAGACUUUGCUAUCGACAUGGUUUGUUAGGUGUGGAUAAGCUAUUCUCUUAUGCCAUCACUGAAUGGCUUAAUGACAUAAAGAAAAACCAGCUACCAGGAAUCCUGGGAGGAGUAGGACCUAUGCAUUCAUUAGUGCAAUUAGUUCAAGGUCUGAAGGACUUAGUGUGGUUACCAAUAGAACAGUACCGAAAGGAUGGUCGUAUUGUAAGAGGCUUUCAAAGAGGAGCAGCUUCCUUUGGUACUUCCACUGCAAUGGCAGCUUUAGAGCUAACAAACAGAAUGGUUCAAACCAUACAGGCAGCUGCAGAAACUGCUUAUGACAUGGUCUCCCCAGGUCCUAGUUGUAUUGAGACAAAAAAGGUCAAACGUUUCUCUCGGCAUCGCUUAGCUCAUCAGCCAGUAGACUUACGGGAAGGUGUGGCCAAAGCAUACAGUGUGGUAAAAGAGGGAAUUACAGACACUGCCCAGACCAUAUAUGAAACUGCUGCUCGAGAGCAUGAGAACAGAGGGGUAACGGGAGCAGUAGGAGGAGUCCUCCGCCAAAUUCCACCAGCUGUGGUGAAACCUCUGAUUGUCGCAACAGAGGCAACCUCAAAUGUUUUAGGUGGAAUGAGAAACCAAAUCCGGCCAGAUGUGCGUCAAGAAGAGUCACAGAAAUGGCGCCUUGGGGAGGAUUGAUAUUUUAAAUAUGACUCAGCAAGAGAAUAACGAUGCUGGAAAUACAUCACAUUAUGUCCCAGUGGCAGCUUUAGAUGGAACUCAUUUCAUUUUAUUGUGCUCAUCUCAGGAACGAGGCUUUCAAACAAUUUAAUAUCAAAACAUCCAACCAAAAAGUUCAGAAAUGAAAAGCAAAUUGGUACUUGCUUGUGGACAUGCUGCAUGUUACCAAAACAUUUGGUAGCUAGUGUCAAACACAGUGGAGCAUUUGCUGCCAAGUCAGAAACAUGCUUGCUGUAUUUCAAUUACCAUAUUUUUCUUGGUUCAUUUGAUUUGCCAUUAGAAUCAGCAGUCCCUUUGUGUGUAUAUUAAAAGUUUUAUUGAGCAUGCUCGAAGAAUUAUCUUCAAUAAAGAGCUCCAUAGAUGCUCUUCAGUAACUAAAGAGUAAGAAUUUCGUUUUGGACAUCAGACAUGGAAGCCAUAUGAUAAGAAGUCAGACAGAAUGUUAUAAUUUUAUGGGUCAUGAGCAUUGUUUUUAGUGUGGCACUUACAACAAGGACAGUCUCUUGGUAACUGUUCAGAAAUUACACUCAGUGUUCAUAUGCUUGUGAACAAUAAUUGUCCUCCUAAAUAUCAAAUUCCUACUUCUGUGGGCUUUUGAAGAACCUGAAUGUUGCAGACAUGUUCUGUUGUGUUGCACUUUAAAGGAUAUGGCCUGUAUAUUGUGCUUUUUUUUAUAGUGUGAAUAAACAGAAAUGUGCAUUAUCCUUUAUGAUUUAGAAACUUAUGCAAAUUAUUGAAAGGGACAACAUUUGGUGAAAAUUUUAAGGGAAGAAAAACAAAAUGCAAUAUGUCUUACCUUUGUUUAAACUACCUAUUAAAUGAAAAAUACUAGUUUCUUUGUCUUCUGAUGUACUGAUGCCUAUCAUGAAAUAAUUAUACUUUAAAUAUAAAGCAGUUAUAGAACUGGUGUAGGAAAGAGGUUUCUGUUUAGAUGAGGUACCCUAAGCAGAGUACAAAAAAUACAAUUUCAUAAUUUAGUUUAAAAUAAUAUGCAGAAUAUAUUUUAAUAAUCUUCCCUUUAUUUAAAGGUUACAUUAUUACAAACUAUUGUUUUUUGCCAUUCUCACAACAUGGUAUAUUUCAAAACUCCUAUAAUACAAUAUUAACUGAAUGUCAUGAGUAGCAAUUCAUUCAGCUUCUGCCUUUUUUUUUUUUUUUUUUAAGCAAAAUGUCAUUGGUUUUAAAAAUGGCACAUUUUACUGCUGGGUUUGUUAGAUAUACUAGAAUCCACUUAAUUGGGAUACCCAGUCACUGGCUGGUUGUAUCAAUUAAGCAUCUUGUCACAGCUGAGAGGAGAUGCCAUUUAACUUCCACUCCCCACCUCCCAAAAACUGUGAAGAUUUAAUGACGUGAACUAUUGUACUGAAAUAGAAUACUUACUGCACUUCAUCUUUCUUUGGGGUUUGUUUUUGGGUUUGGGUUUAUUUUUUUCCUUGUCAAUUAUUUGGUAAUUUCUAUAUUAAAAGAUCACAGGUGAGCAUUUCACACCUGGGUAAAUGCAUCAUAAUCACUUGACACCGCUUGAAUGAAUCCUCAUAAGUGGAAUUAUGUUAUAAGUAGUACAUUGUAGCUGCAGUCAUUACCAUUUGCAACUAUUAGGCUAGUAUACCAGUAUAUCAGCCAUGCUGGUAAAGGUAUGUCCAAGUUAAUUGGCAUAUACUGUAAUAGACAGUGUAGCUCUGUCUAUUUAUCAUAUACAUAAACUAUUUUUGACAGUUGAAUUUAAAGAAAGGGCUAUUUAGUUUUACUUCAUUUGCAGAUUCCCCACAAUCAAACUGUACAGGGAGAUGCCCUUAGAAUAUAUUAUUUCUACACAGAUCCACACUGUCAAGGUAUAUUAUAUUUUUAUAAGCUCUCUUUUUCAUUAAGUCUCUUAAUAGUUCAAAUUUUCAAACUUCACUUUUCACUAUUUGUGCUGUCUGUUUACUGCUUGCAACUCAUUCAACCUGCUCAGUAAAACUGAUCCGUUUAUGGUUAGCUUCUUGGUUCUCAUAGGCUAGAAGAAUUUUGUUUAGGUUGCAAAAGCAGCACAGAAAGGUUUAAAUUUAAAUAAUAAAUAAAUAAAUAAAUUCAACCUUUAAACUAGGACACUGUCUUAAAAUGUGUUGCAGAUGUGGAUACCCUAUGUUCUUAAUCAGAAAAUUGUAUAGGGUAUAGAAAAAGGGAUUCACCACAUGUUCUAUUCGUUACUAUAAAUGUGUGUGUGGGGGGGGGGCACUUUACAAAAUACACAGGAUAAGGUUUAACUAAAACUUUGAUUAUAGUGGCUGAUACAUCUGUGUAUAUGUAAUUGGCACACAAACUUCCAAAUCCAGUACUGUAUAUCUGCAUUAGCAUGAUGAGGUUUGCGAUAAGGUUAUUGUACUUGAGCUCUUCAUUGUAACAAACUCUGUUACAGUUAUUAACACUUUUCAUGACUCCUAAUGAGCUUAAACAGAUCUGAACACACUGUAUAAUGUGCAGAUGUGUAAAUAACAGACAAUUCUAUUUUGCUUUCUUCCCUAUACGUAUUCACAAAGGUGUAAAUACUGACCGAUGCUACUUUUUAAUACUGCUUUGUCUGAUGCUAUACAGGGAGACAGGCUCAAAACUGUCAUCUUGAUUUUCUUAAGCAUCUUGGCUCUUAACACUGUAGUGGCAAGUGCCCUGGAAGUACCUGGUGUAGAGAUCACUUCCAUCAUUCUUAAAAAUUUAUUUAUAAACAUGUGACUAAGAGGAGCCUAUAAUUGGCUCCAUUCAGAAGCAGCUUCCAUGUCCUUUCAGGUAUUAGUUGGCAGUUGUUAAACUGCAGAGCAGAACACAAUUUUAGUAAUACAGUAUACCCUCUACUUACUUGCACAUAGAUUAGGGACAUGUAGUCAUGUCGCCAAUGACUACAUACUUGGUGGCUGUCCAUGUUUAAUUUUUUUCAUCACUAAAAAGAUCAGUUACAGUGUUUUUUGUUUGUUUGUUUUUUUGGUUUUUUUUUGCAUCUCUUAUUUGCUAUUGUACAGUUUAUCAGUGUUUAAUGUCACUAGUGAGAUGGGUUUUCUUGAUAAAGCAAAAUGCUAUUAAAUGGCAGGAUGACAUCAACAAGCUAAAUUCCUUUGUUACUGGAGUUGAUCCCGACCCCUGAAAAUGUGAUACCCAAAUUUUAAGUACAUUCAAAUGUUUUUGGGGUAUUUUUGUUUUUGGUUUGUUUGUUGUAAAAUAACAGUGAAAUCCAGCAAUUAAUUUAGAUUAAGUGUAUAUUCCAAACCAUCCCAGUUCUCACAGCAAUACAAGCUUUUUCAACAUGUGUAUAUAUUAAAUCAUUUUACACCCAUCUUUUCAUCCAGUCUCAUCCAUUUCCAACCUUCACAAUGUAUGCUUCUCUCAACUACUUUAACUUGCUAUGAAUCUUGUUUACAAAUUAAAAAAAAUAAUUAAUUGCAGUUAGUACUUAAAUAUUAAUCAUGUAUUUACACUGGAUUUCCUUUAAAAAAACACCCUAAUGUAGUUUAGACAGAAAAGGAUCUGUGUGUAUAUGUAUGUGUAUAUUUUUUACAUAUUUGCUGGUAAAGUAGUUUUGUGGCAUUGUUUGUAUAUAAUUUGUUAGUGCAAAGAGAGUCGAAUCUUAUGAAGUUAAAAACCACUCUUGAAAAGAAUUAAAAUAUUUAAUCUUCCUUUAUUUUGCUUAAAGUACUUGCGCCCUCCAUAUAUAUUUGAGAACUAUUUUUAGAUCAUAACUUAUCUGCACCAAUCUUGAUGUAUAUUUUAGUAUAUUAAAAUGGUAAAAGCCUCAUACAAAUAGGCUGUUCUGUUAAAUAUACUUAAUGGAAAAAGCUGUGGAUUGGAAUCAAUACUUAAUAAACAUCUUACUCUGC